AUGGGAUUGAUCAAUGGCCCUGGGUCCGGUCCAGGCCCUACAAGGAUAACCAUCUUAGGCAAAGACGACAUCAUUGUCGACCAUGGCAUCUGGCUCGAUUUCGUGGCUCACGACUUGCUCGAGAACCUGCAUACAUCUACCUAUGUUCUCAUAACGGACACGAACCUCUACGACAUUUAUGUCCCCCCUUUUCAAAACGUGUUCAACAGCGCUGCCCCGGCGACAACGCGCUUGCUCACCUACGCCAUCCCGCCUGGCGAGGUUUCCAAGAGUCGCCAGACGAAAGCAGCCAUUGAGGACUGGAUGUUGUCGCAAAAAUGUACGCGGGAUACAGUUAUCAUUGCCCUUGGCGGCGGAGUCAUUGGCGAUAUGAUUGGCUAUGUUGCUGCGACUUUCAUGCGAGGCAUUCGUUUCGUUCAAGUACCAACAACAUUACUCUCCAUGGUUGACUCAUCCAUUGGCGGCAAAACGGCCAUCGAUACCCCCAUGGGGAAGAACCUCAUUGGAGCUUUCUGGCAGCCAAUUCGAAUCUACAUUGACUUGACGUUCCUUAAUACACUUCCGGCUCGAGAGUUUAUCAACGGCAUGGCCGAGGUUAUCAAGACGGCCGCAAUUUGGGACGAGGACGAAUUCGCUGCACUGGAGACCAAUGCAUCUGCCAUUUUAGCUGCUGUCAAGUCUGACGGAGACCCGUCUCAGAGGCUUGAGCCCAUACGCGAUAUCCUCAAAGGCAUCGUGUUGGGCUCUGCCCGUGUCAAGGCACAAGUAGUGUCCAGCGAUGAAAGAGAGGGUGGGCUUCGGAACUUGCUCAACUUUGGCCAUUCAAUUGGUCAUGCAAUUGAGGCUCUUCUGACCCCCCAGCUACUCCAUGGUGAAGCGGUUGCCAUAGGCAUGGUUAAAGAGGCUGAAUUGGCUCGAUUCCUUGGUGUUCUUCGUCCUGGCGCAGUGGCCCGUCUUGUCAAAUGCAUUGCUAGCUUCGAGUUGCCUACCACCCUACAUGACAAGCGGGUGGUCAAGUUGACCGCUGGCAAGAAGUGUCCCGUUGAUGUACUACUGGAGAAAAUGGCGGUCGACAAGAAGAAUGAUGGGGCAAAGAAAAAGAUUGUGCUCCUCUCAGCCAUUGGAAAAACCUAUGAACCAAAAGCCAGCGUGGUUGAGGAUCGUGCAAUCAGAGUUGUUCUUUCAGCCGCUACACAAGUUUUCCCUGGCGUGCCUAAAGCUCACAAAACCACGGUGACACCCCCUGGCUCCAAAAGCAUCUCGAACAGAGCGCUUGUUCUUGCUGCCCUUGGUCAAGGGACCUGCCGGAUUAAGAACCUGCUGCACUCUGACGAUACUGAGUACAUGCUGUCGGCUAUUUCCAAGCUAGGUGGUGCGACCUAUGCCUGGGAAGAAGCCGGCGAGGUUCUAGCGGUGGAGGGUAAGGGCGGUAAGCUCAGCGCCAGCAAUGAUGCCUUGUAUCUGGGUAAUGCUGGCACUGCAUCCCGCUUCUUGACCACAGUCGUGGGUUUGUGUGCUCCGUCUGGCGUCUCGUCUACGGUGUUGACCGGAAACGCCCGCAUGAAGGUCCGCCCCAUAGGAGCUCUUGUUGAUGCCUUGAGAGCCAACGGCCUGGGCAUCAAGUACCUCGGCCAGGAGAAGAGCCUUCCCUUGCAGGUGGAUGCUGCGGGCGGAUUUGAGGGCGGCACCAUCGAACUGGCGGCGACGAUCUCAUCCCAAUACGUCUCUUCUAUUCUCAUGGCUGCCCCGUACGCCAAAAAUCCUGUGACGCUGCGCCUUGUUGGUGGAAAGCCCAUUUCACAGCCUUAUAUCGACAUGACCAUAUCUAUGAUGCAUACCUUUGGUGUCGACGUGAUCAGAUCGAAUGAGGAACCAAACACCUACUAUAUUCCCAAGUCUGUUUACCAAAACCCGGCUGAGUAUGUCGUCGAGAGCGAUGCCAGCUCCGCAACCUAUCCACUGGCUGUUGCAGCCAUCACAGGAACAACUUGUACCGUGCCCAACAUUGGUUCAGAGUCGCUUCAGGGUGACUCUCGAUUUGCCGUUGAUGUGCUGCGGCCUAUGGGUUGUAUGGUUGAGCAGACAGGCACCUCUACUACAGUUACUGGCCCUCCCGUCGGCAGCCUAAAAGCUAUUGAGCACGUUGAUAUGGAGCCUAUGACAGAUGCCUUCCUCACUGCAUCCGUGCUUGCUGCAGUGGCUUCCGGGACGACUAAGAUCAGCGGCAUCGCCAAUCAGCGCGUCAAGGAAUGCAAUCGCAUUGGCGCCAUGCGGGAGCAGUUGGCCAAGUUCGGCGUUGAAACCGAUGAAUUCGAGGACGGAAUCAUUGUUACUGGAUGUUCCUUCCAGGAGCUCCAACAGCCGACCGAGGGGGUGUUCUGCUACGAUGAUCACCGCGUUGCCAUGAGUUUCAGCGUCUUGUCAACCGUAUCGCCACACCCGGUUACGAUACUUGAAAGGGAAUGUACCGGCAAGACCUGGCCCGGUUGGUGGGACACCUUGUCCCAGUUUUUUAACGUUGAACUAGAUGGUGUCGACCAGCACCCGAAGGCAGCACCGGCAGUACCCUGCACUAAAGAGCAUAAAGACAAAUCGGUCUUCAUUAUUGGCAUGCGUGGAGCGGGCAAGACGACUGCCGGCAAGUGGAUGGCUGAUGCCUUGAACCGGCCCUUCAUCGACUUAGACGCAGAGCUGGAGCGCCGAGCUGGCAUCACGAUCCCCGAGAUGAUCAGGGGUCCGAGGGGCUGGGAGGGCUUCAGAAAAGACGAAGUGGAUCUUUUACGCGACGUUAUGGAGAAGCAGGGGCAUGGCUACAUCUUCUCGUGCGGUGGUGGCAUUGUUGAAACCCCGGAAGCUCGCAAACUUCUCAUCGCCCACCGCCAGAACCGUGGCAGUGUUUUACUGGUGCAUCGGAACACCAAAGAAGUUGUGGACUAUCUUCUUCAAGACAAGACGAGACCUGCAUACAGGGAAGACAUCGAAGAUGUUUAUUACCGCAGGAAACCAUUCUUUGAGGAAUGCAGCAACUUCGAAUAUUUCAGUCCUCACCCGCCCGGCACCGUGGCUUCUCGGGAGCCGCCACUGGACUUCCGCCGCUUCGUGACAGCAUUGUGCGGUGAUAGCACUCAGGUGGCAAGAGCGCUGUCAAACGAUCUAAGUUUCUUUGUCUCAUUGACCGUGCCACAAGUUGCAUCGGCCCUGUCCCUCAUACCAGCCGUCGUUGUUGGAUCAGACGCAGUCGAGCUUCGCGUGGACUUGCUGCAAGAUUACUCACAAGAGUUUGUGGCUCAUCAAGUGGCACUUCUUAGAUCUGUUGCCGAUGUCCCAAUCAUAUUUACUUUGCGAACACGCGCCCAGGGAGGGAAAUUCCCAGAUGAUGCUUAUGACCAAGGGCUUCAACUCUACCGAAAGGCUAUUCGUAUGGGAGUUGAAUUCAUCGACGUUGAAAUGACGCUUCCAGAGCGGGUUAUUCGAGACGUUGUGGAUAAUAAGGGACGAUCACGCAUCAUUGCUUCGCAUCAUGAUCCCCAAGGCGCCCUUUCUUGGAGCAAUGGUUCAUGGAUCCCGUUCUAUAACAAGGCUCUACAGUGGGGAGACGUGAUUAAGCUAGUUGGUGUUGCCCAGCGGAUUGAAGAUAAUUACGACCUAGCCCGAUUCAAGUCCGAGAUGCUCGCAUCUCAUAGCACUCCCAUUAUUGCGCUGAAUAUGGGGGCAGCAGGCAAGCUAAGUCGCGUCCUCAAUGGUUGCCUCACCCCAGUUUCUCAUCCCGAUUUGCCCUUCAAGGCAGCUCCGGGACAAAUGUCAGCGGCGGAAAUUCGCCAGGCGCUGUCACUGCUCGGUGGCAUUAACCCUCAGUCUUUUUACCUUUUUGGCAAGCCCAUCUCGGCGUCAAGGUCUCCUGCAUUACACAAUUCUCUUUUUGGCCUGGUUGGUCUGCCGCACAAGUACUCCCUCAAAGAGACAGAUACCGCAGCAGAUUUGCGUGGUAUUGUUCGCGCUCCCGACUUCGGUGGGGCAUCGGUAACGAUUCCGCUGAAGCUUGACAUCAUGGAGGAGAUCGACGAGGUUUCCGAAGCUGCUCGUGUCAUAGGCGCUGUCAACACUAUCAUCCCAUUGCCUGGCAGUGAUGGGACGAAAACCAAGCUUCUAGGCGACAACACGGAUUGGGCUGGCAUAGUUCACUCUCUCCAGUCGGUUGGGUCCACCUCUCGCUCCCUUCCCGGUGGUCAAUGCGCCGCCAUGGUUAUUGGGUCGGGGGGCACGACUCGAGCUGCUAUCUAUGCUUUGCAUUCUUUAGGCUUCGGACCUAUUUACGCAUUAGCACGUAACAUUAGCAGCUUAGAAGCCCUGAAGGCGUCGUUCCCUCCCGAGUUUCGUAUCGAAUCACUAAAUAGUGCUGAGGUACAUGCAUUGUCCUCUUCUCCCGUCGUCGUUGUAAGCACGAUUCCCGCGGACAAGCCUAUUGAUCCAUCGAUCCGAGAAAUACUUGUGGCGGUAUUACGCCAGAAGGGCGAUACAGAGGUGAAGCGUGUCCUCCUUGAGAUGGCUUACCAACCUCGUCAUACUCCCUUGAUGCAACUUGCUGAGGAUGCUGGAUGGUCGACCAUUCCAGGGUUGGAAGUGCUCGCAGCCCAGGGAUGGUAUCAGUUCCAGAAAUGGACCGGCAUUACACCCCUAUAUCAGACUGCUCGAGUCGCUGUACUGGGUGAAGAAGCCGCAGAUGCUCCCAGCGCCGAGGAAAACGUGACGAAAUUGGAAAAGUAG